GACUUCAGUCUUUACUCAACACGACUCACGAAAGGUUCGGCUCGGGGCUGAUCGGAGUGGUGCUAAAUUGGACACUCGUCGAUUCGCGCACACUGUAAACAAUUGCAUCGUCAUUAAUCAGCUUGUAAUUAAGCUUACACCGUCCUCAGAUUAACUGUUUAUAAAGUGCUCAAGUGUCUUCUUAGAAUAUUAGAGGAACCUGUUCAACGUUCUACGACAACUGUGUUGGGAGGGGCAAUCUGAAUUGACACUCGAUUUACUAAUCACAUCCGUGAAAAACCCCACUGUAACGAAGGUUUAUCCGUGCUUCUUUGUUGUCAAUUUUUUCGCCUGCCGCUGCUCAGCUGUUCCCCAGUGUUACAAGACGUGGAAUAAAAGAAGCAACAAUGGCACACGAUUUUGAUUUUGAUCUGGAAGAGGCCCUUAAGCGAGAAGGAAUCAACAAGGAUGAGCUAAAAGCCCUGAGGACCCCGGCUGUCGAAGGAGUUCCGUUCGAAAUCACCGAUAAACUACUGGCUUGCUUCUACGAUGCGUGCAACAAAAAAGUAGAAGACGCACGAAAAGUUUUGAAAAUCUACUACGAAGUCAAGAAAUCUGCUCCGGAGCUGUUCAACAACAGAGAUCCAUUUGAUGCAAAGAUACGACAUUGUUUUCAGCAUCAAGAUUAUUUUCCGUUACCUCCAACUCCUGCCGGGUACUCGGUGAUUUAUCACAGAUUAAGCAGCCCGAAAGCAUCGAACUACAACUUCAAUGACGCUGUCAAAACAUACUUCAUGCUGCUAGAUUCUUGUCUUUACACCCAGGGACCUCGUCCAGGAUUGAUAUGCCUAUUCGACAUGAGCAACGUCGGAUUAACACAUCUACUACGGGUCAACAUGACAACCUUACGAAAUUUCUUCCAUUACCUCCAAGAUGCAUUGCCCGCCAAACUGAAAGCCAUCCACGUGUUGAAUGCCGUCUCUUUCUUCGAUAAAGUCCUGUACCUUAUCAAACCGUUUCUCCGUGCCGAAAUUCUCAAUAUGCUUUUCCUACACCCCGUAAAUGCCAAUCUAGAUAAGCUGUACGACGAGUGGAUUCCUCGCAGUUGCCUUCCGUCGGAUUAUGGCGGGGAGCUGAAAUCGGUAGCAGAACUGCACCAGGACCACAUUAAGAAGUUUGAGCAAAUGCAACCUUUCUUCAUCGCAGAGGAACGGGUGCGGACUGGAAAAUCCAAUUUGAUAGACGAAACACGGGAAAAAAUUAAAUCUCUCGACAUAGAUUAGCAUAUUUUAUUUGUGACUUUUUUUCAAUAAUAUCUACUAGCUGGAUUCCAAGUUAGGUUAUUACUGUAAUUAGGUAUGCAGAUCCCUACUUGAGGCAAGCAAUAUUCAUCCGGUGCCGAUGGUUUUUAAUGUUAAUUGAGAGAAUCAUGUGUUGCUACCGAACAACACUAGUAAUGUGAUAUUUUUUUUAUCUUCAGUACGUGUUUAAGAGGAAAUAAAACAAAGGGAGGGAAUUGGGCUUACAAGUAUUUUUAACCAAACGAAAACAAAUAAAUAGAAAACCUUGAAAUACUU